CUGUUCAGCGGCAGCCGCUUGGUGUGGACGGUGACGGUGGCAGCGCUGAGGAGAUGGUAUGCUGCCCGGCUCCGGGCGUGCCGGCAAGCACUGAGAGCAUGGUGUGGUCUGCGCGAUGUCUACCAGAUGACAGAGGGCAGGCACUGCCAGGUUCAUCUCCUCGAUGACAGGAACUUGGAGCUGCUGGUUCAGCCCAAACUUUUGUCUCGGGAGUUACUGGACCUGGUGGCCUCACACUUCAACUUGAAAGAAAAGGAGUAUUUUGGGAUAACCUUUAUCGAUGAUACAGGUCAGAGUGUCUGGCUGCAGCUGGAUCACCGUGUCCUGGACCAUGACUUACCCAAGAAACCAGGGCCGGCAACUUUGUACUUUGCUGUUAGGUUCUACAUUGAAAGCAUUUCCUUUCUCAAGGACAAAACUACAGUCGAGCUGUUCUUUCUGAAUGCCAAGUCAUGUGUACACCAGGGGCAGAUCGAAGUGGACAGCGAGACAGUCUUCAAGUUAGCCGCCCUGGUGCUGCAGGAAGCUAAAGGGGACUAUUCCAGUGAUGAAAACACUAGAAAAGACUUGAAGACACUGCCUGUCUUUCCUACCAAGACGCUGCAGGAGCAUCCAUCACUCGCUUACUGUGAGGACAGAGUAAUUGAGCAUUAUACACAAAUUAAAGGGCUGACUAGAGGACAAGCCAUUGUUCAGUACAUGAAAGUGGUAGAAGCUUUGCCAACAUAUGGAGUUCAUUACUAUGGAGUAAAGGAUAAACAAGGAAUCCCGUGGUGGCUUGGAAUAAGUUACAAAGGAAUUGGCCAGUACGACUUACAAGACAAAGUUAAGCCGAGAAAACUAUUUCAAUGGAAACAGCUGGAAAAUCUUUAUUUCCGUGAGAAGAAGUUUGCUGUGGAAGUACACGAUCCCCGCAGAAUUUCUGUGUCAAGAAGGACCUUUGGUCAGAGUGGACUGGUAGUGCAGACCUGGUAUGCAAACACUUCCCUGAUCAAGUCCAUUUGGGUGAUGGCAAUCAGUCAACACCAGUUUUACUUGGACAGAAAGCAAAGCAAAGCAAAAAUUCCUUCAGCCAGAAGUUUGGAUGAUAUAGCCAUGGAUCUGACAGAGAUGGGAACACCAAAAAUUUCCAAGCUGGUGACUUUGGAGGCCAAGAACCAGCUGAUUAUGGCCAGCAAUGGCAGUUUGAUCUCAUCAGGCUCCCAAGAUUCAGAGGUCAGUGAAGAACAAAAGAAGGAGAAGAUUAUGGAACUCAAGAAGAAAGAGAAGCUCCUACAGGAAAAGCUGCUUCAGAAAGUUGAGGAGCUGAAGAAAAUCUGCCUGCGGGAGGCGGAGCUGACAGGCAAGAUGCCCAAGGAGUAUCCUCUGAGUGCUGGAGAGGAGCCUCCCCAGGUGAGAAGGCGUGUUGGCACUGCGUUCAAGCUGGAUGACAACCUGCUCCCGAGUGAAGAGGACCCAACUCUGCAGGACUUGGAGAGCAAUUUUAUCAUACACCAAAAGCUGGUGGAAGCUGCCAAGAAACUUGCCAGUGAGCCAGACCUCUGCAAAAACGUGAAGAAGAAAAGAAAGCAAGAUUAUGCUGAUGCUGUAAAAAAGCUGCAAGAGAUAGAAAAUUCCAUAAAUGAAUAUAGAAUCAAGUGUGGCAAAAAACCAACCCAGAAAUCAACUCUUACUCUACCAGAUGAUAUAAUUCCAUCUGAGAGCAGCUCCUUGUCUGACACAACCACCUAUGAUGAUGUCAAUGAAUCGCUUCCUGUAGCAGCACAGAGACCCAGCUCUGCACAGCUUUCUCCAAGACUUCCUCCACCAAAGUCCCUCGGGGUGGAGAGAAUUCACCUCAGAAAGUCAUCGAUAAACGAGCAGCUCUUGGAAACCAGACACUCCAGGGACCUCCUUUCAACUCACAGCAGCCCUUACCGAACGCUGGAGCGACCUCCCCAGCCCCAUGGGGGGAGAAGUAUGCCUACAACCCCCGUGCUCACACGCAAUGCCUACAGUAGCAGCCACUUACAGCCAGACGUUUCCCCACGCCACUGCCGGCAGCGCAGCGGAAGUUUGGAAUCCCAAACCCACCUGCUCUCCGAGACUCCUGCUGACAAAGCAGCCUUCACCCUCUCCAAGUCCCAGCGAAGCAGCAGCACAGAGAUCCUCGAUGAUGGAUCAUCCUACACUAGCCAGUCAAGUGCAGAGUAUUACUGUGUGACACCCACUCCCAAUCCAUAUUACACUACUCAGACACUCGACAACAGGACCAGGGGGCGAAGACGGUCCAAGAAACACAAUAUUUCUGCUGCCAGCUCUGGCAGUAUGCCCAACCUUGCCCAUAAGGAUAUCCGCAAUGGCGUCUACCACAAAAAUCAGGAGCAACCUUCCCCUAAUUACUAUAUUUCUGGAUAUUCCCCAUACACCGAAUCUGACGUUUAUUACAACGGAUAUGUUUACGAGAGUGACACAGAGGGACAGUACAGUGUCAACCCUUCCUAUCGCUCAUCAGCACACUACGGAUACGACCGUUACAGGGAACUCAGAUCUUACCAUGAGGACGAGGUGGACAGAGUACCACACAACCCAUACGCAACCCUACGGCUCCCGAGGAAGCAAGUUGCUAAAACAGAGCAUAUAACCAAAAACAUUCACAAGGCCUUAGUAGCAGAGCAUCUCCGUGGUUGGUACCAACGUGCCUCCAGCCAGAAGGAGCAGGGUCACAGCCUGCAGGCAGGCUUUGAGUCUGACAGAGGAUCUCAGAGGAGUUUGGGCUUUGCUGGGCUGCAGACGCCGUGCUCACCGAGCAGUCGGGUGUCAUCUUUCUCUUCAGCAUCUUCUGCAAACACUUCUGGGAACUGGAGAAACCCACUUGCACUGGGACCUUCGGACUAUGACACAUUGUCUCAUUCCUCCUAUGCCAGCUGUUACAGGAAUGUUUACGGCAACCUUCCUUUGCAAAGCAGAACAUACACAGAGCCGAGCCAGUUGGGUGGUGAUGAUGAGGAGCAGUUGGAAGAUGACUUGCCCAGCAACGAGCAGAGAUUGUUCUGGCAUGAGGACUCCAAGCCUGGGACGCUGGUGUAGCCCAGCUGCAGCCCUGCAUUCCUACACUGCGUGCCUUGCACAAAACGCUGUGAC